AUAGCUGAUGCCCUUUGUAACUAACAAACCCUAACAUCGCAAAAGCACUGAACUGCGUCUGUCACCGAAGCUAUAGAGGAGUGAAUCGAAUCGAAGCGAACGAUGACGGAUGAUGGAAUUUUCGAAGAAAACGGGGACGCUCUAGACAAUAACUACGGAUCUUCUCCUCCUCCCAAAGACAGCAGUCGCGGCACUGACGGAAAGGAUUCCUCAGACCACCCCAGGUCUCAGCGUUCCCGAGAUCAUGAGAGAGAAUCAUCCAAGAGUAGGGAGAAAGGGCGGGACAAGGACCGUGUUAGGGAGAGGGAUAGAGACAGAGAUGUGGAACGAGAUAGGGGUAAGGAGAGGGAGAAAUAUAGAGAAAGAGAUGGGGAUAGGGAUCGCCAUCACCGAGAAAGGGAUGCUGAUCGUGAUCGGGAUCGGGGCCGCAGGGAAAGAGGUGAGAGAAGAGAUAGGGGAAGAGACAGGGAUGAUGGUGAUUAUCAUAGAAGUAGGGAUGAGAGGCGCAGAGACCAUAACGAGGACAGGGAAGAAAGACGUAGACAUCGCUCUCGCUCCAAGGGGAGAUCAGAUCAUAGGUCAAGGUCACGAUCCCGCUCUCGCUCCAAGAGUAAAAGGAUCAGUGGCUUUGAUAUGGCACCCCCUUCAGCAACCUUAUUAACUGCUGCUGCUAUUGCUCCUACAGCCUUUGCAGGUCAGAUUACUUCGGCCACCCCAAACUUAACCGGCAUGUAUCCAAACAUGUUCCAAUUGGGAGCUGGUCAGCUUGGAGCUCUUCCUCUUAUGCCUGUUCAGGCGAUGACCCAACAGGCUACCAGGCAUGCUCGUCGUGUGUACGUUGGUGGUCUUUCUCCUACUGCAAAUGAACAGUCUGUGGCGACAUAUUUUAGUUAUGUCAUGUCUGCGAUUGGAGGAAAUACUGCUGGUCCAGGAGAUGCUGUUGUUAAUGUUUAUAUCAAUCAUGAGAAGAAAUUUGCUUUUGUGGAAAUGAGAUCUGUGGAGGAAGCUAGUAAUGCCAUGGCUUUGGACGGCAUUAUCUUUGAGGGUGCCCCAGUGAAGGUGAGAAGACCUAGCGACUACAAUCCUUCUCUGGCUGCAACACUUGGUCCAAGCCAGCCCAAUCCAAAUCUUAAUUUAGGUGCUGUUGGGCUUUCACCCGGAUCUGCUGGUGGUCUUGAAGGCCCUGAUCGUGUUUUUGUGGGUGGGCUUCCAUAUUAUUUCACCGAGUCUCAGAUACGGGAGCUACUGGAAUCUUUUGGGCCUCUUCGAGGUUUUGACUUGGUGAAGGACAGAGAAACUGGGAACUCAAAGGGAUACGCAUUCUGUGUUUACCACGAUCUUUCAGUUACUGAUAUUGCAUGUGCAGCCCUUAAUGGAAUUAAAAUGGGUGACAAAACCCUGACAGUUAGGCGAGCAAACCAGGGUACUGUCCAACCUAAACCUGAGCAGGAGAGUGUCUUAUUGCAUGCACAGCAACAAAUCGCUCUACAAAAGCUUAUGUUGCAACCUGUUGGAUUGACCACAAAGGUUAUAUGCUUAACUCAAGUGGUUGAUCCAGAUGAGCUUAAAGAGGAUCAAGACUAUGAAGAUAUAUUGGAAGAUAUGAAAAUGGAGUGUGAAAAAUAUGGUUCACUGGUGAAUAUUAUUAUUCCACGCCCAAACCCAAAUGGCGAACCAACCCCAGGACUUGGGAAGGUUUUCUUGGAAUAUACUGAUAUUGAAGGGGCGGCGAAAGCUCGACAAAGUUUGCAUGGAAGAAAAUUUGGAGGGAACCAAGUUGUGGCAGUCUGUUACCCAGAGGACAAGUUUUCGCAGGGCGAUUAUGAGGGAUAAUUGAGUUGUUCCUCCUGCAUUUGUUUUUCCUUUCUUUUUUUGCGUAGAGCAUGGGCACAAAUGUUGAUCUUUCUGUUGGACUUUUAAGAUAUAGCUAGGGUUUGCGCUUUUUUUUCUUCUUUCUAUUAGGCACUGUAUUGCCACUUGAUUGAUUUUGUUUGUAUCUGGUUGAAACAAGAAAUUAUAUUAUGCAAUUUUAUUAGUUAUUU